CCGCCGCCAUUCCCGGCAGCCCCCGCGCCGCCCUCAGCAGCCGCCGCCGCUGCCGCCGCUCCGGUGGGUAGCGGGAUCGCGGGAAGGGAUUCCCACCGGGAUCGGGAUCACCGGGAGGACCCCGGGAUCCGCCGGGACCGCCCUGAGCUCCGGUGUCGCCCGCAGGUCCCGGAUCCCCCCGCGCCGAGUGAGGAAAUGCACGGGCGGCUCAAGCUCCGCCCCCCGGACUCGGCGCGGCGCCGGCAGCGGGAGGAGAAACUGAGGCACUACCGGGAGGCCAUGGACACCCUGCUGGGGGGGGCGCUGCCCGCCCAGGUGCUGUCCCUCACGGGCUCGGUCCUGGCCGCCAAUCCCGACGUGGGCACCUGCUGGAACCUGCGCCGCCGGGCACUGGGAGCACUGGGAGGGGACUGGGUGCCCUCAGAGCUGUCGUUCGUGGGGCAGUGCCUGGGGGUGAACCCCAAAUCCUACGGGGCGUGGCACCACCGCGGCUGGGUGCUGGGCCACGCCCCGGCGCCCCCUGCUGGCCGGGAGGACCUGGCGCUGUGCGAGCGCCUCCUGGCGGCCGACCCCCGCAACUUCCACGCCUGGGAGCACCGGCGGGCUCUGGUGGCCGGCCAGGACCCCGAGGCCGAGCUGGCCUUCGCCGGGGCCCUGCUGAGCCGCGACUUCUCCAACUUCUCGGCCUGGCACCACCGGCUGCGGCUGCUGGCGCCCGCCCGGAGCCGCGGGCAGGGCGAGGCCGGGGCGCUGCCCCCCAAGAGGCUGAAGGAAGAGCUGGAGCUGGUGCAGAACGCCGUCUUCACCGACCCCACGGACCAAAGCGCCUGGGUGUACCUGCGCUGCAUCCUCUCCCGAGCCCCCCCACCUCCGAGGGUCAUCUGUGUCCACGUCGACCGCGAGGACGCGACGCUGGCUGUCAUCUUCUCCCGGCCUGUCAAGGUGAACCCAGAGUGCCCAGAGCUGACAGCAACCCUGGAUGGCUCCGCCCUGGCCGGGCCCUGGCGCUCAGCGGAGGGGCGGCCACGCCCCAGCCACACCUGGCUCUGCGACCUCCCUGCCCCGCCCACCGAACGCCCCGCCCACCUGGAGGUCACCUGGGCGCCUGACUCCGCCCUCCGAGAGGUGACGCUGCUGCCAGGUGAGGCGGAGGCUUGGUGGCAGGAGCCAAUAGUGGAGAGGGAGCUGUUCUGGCCGGAGCUGGGCGUGGCCGAUCCUCAGGUGCUGCAGGAUCAGGUGCAGAUGUGCCAGGAGCUGCUGGAGCUCGAGCCCCAGAGCCGCGGCUGCCUGCUGACCCUGGCCCUGCUGCUGGCUGCGCUGGAGCCGCGGGGCCGCGCCCGGGAGAUCCGGGAGCACCUGGGGAACCUGCAGGUAACUGGUUUAUACUGGUUUAUACUGGUUUAUAC